UUUGUGCCUGUACAUCCUCGGUGCUUAUGGCGUUUAUUGACAUUUUUUUCCACACAUUAUUAUUCGCCGUGUAGCAUUGAGGUUGCCUGCAGCAUCUCUGAAAAGCUGGUCGAUUCUGAAUAAAUAUCCCGAUAAAAGUGCUUUUUUUUGCCACAAUUGUCUAAAACGGAACAUUAAUGACGCCGCUUCAGCUUCGAGGGGUAAAAGUUCAUCUUGCAACCCCCACAGGAACAGAAGGUUAUUGUGCAAAGAGCACGUGAGUGUGUGAAGGUUCAACCCAGGAAGCAGUGAGUGAGAGGCGGUCCAGAUGAAGAAGUGAGAGACGCCGGCGGCCUACGUCGAUCGCGACCAAUUGACGAUGAACGCGCACGUGGACCCGGUCGCGGUGGAGUCGGCCGUGGUGUCGGCCGUGGUUCUGUGCGUCCACGCGGCGGUGUGGAACCAGCACUCGUGGUGCGCCGUGGCGCUGGUCAUCCAGGCCUUCUGCGUGCAGCGCAAGUGGGACCGGCUGCUCAAGUCGGGCGCCGCCGUGUUCCAGUUCCGCCCCGCCGCCAACAGCGGCAUCGUCCCGGCCUCGGCGGUGAUGCCGCUUCUGGGUCUGGUCCUGCGGGCCAAGUGCGCCUCCGCGGGCAGCGUCCACCUGGAGCGCUUCUCCAUGGUGGUGACGGUGAGCGGCAUGGUCCUGGCGCUCUUCCUGUCCCUGAUCGCGCUGGGCAUCACGCGGCCCGUGCCCACCAACACGUGCGCGGUGGCCGGCCUCUCGGCCGCCGCCAUCUUGUACACCGCCAAGCAGACUCUGACGGUGUCGGAGGUGAUCGAGGUUCUGGAGGUGCUCCUGAUCUUCGUGUACCUCAGCCUGAUCGUGCUGUACCUGCUGCCGCGCUGCUUCACGCCCGGCGAGGCGCUCCUGGUGGUGGGCGCCGUCAGCUUGGUGGUCAACCAGCUCAUCAAGCGCUCGCUGAACUGGGCCGAGGCCAAGGGGGGCGACCCGGUCAACUACCUGCUGCCCGUGCUGGCGGCGGGCUCGCUCCUGCUGGGCGUGGUCUUCGCCCUGCUCUUCUGCUUCAUGGAGUCGGAGACGUGGGUGUCGUCGCUCUUCUUCCACACCAUGACGGCCGUGCUGGGCCUGGGCGUCCUGGUGCCGUGGCUCUCGCUCUUCGUGGGGCGCCAUCCCGUCACGUGGUUGUGGGACUUCGUCACCUUCAACCGCCGCCGCCUGGGACUCGUGGCGUACUGGGCCGCGCUGUGCUUGGCCGCCACCUGCGUGGUGCUGCAGCAGAACUACCGGCGCCGCGCGGGCUCCAAGAAGCACCGGGCCUCCACGGUGGUGCGCAAGUACUUCCACGUCCUGGCGGUGGCCACCUUCGUCCCGGGGCUCCUGUACGACCGCCGGCUGCUGCACGUUGCGUCGGUGGGCUGCCUGGCCGUCUUCCUCUUCCUGGAGUACGUGCGCUACUUCCGGAUCAAGCCGCUCGGCCGACCUCUGCGCCGGCUCCUCACCUUGUUCCUGGACGAACGCGACUCGGGCCCGCUCAUCCUCACCCACAUCUACCUUCUGCUGGGCAUGGCGCUGCCCGUCUGGCUCUUCCCGGGGGCGUGCGCGCCCAAGGGGACGCUCCCCGGGGCGGGCGGCCUGGUGCCGUACGCCGGCGUGCUGGCGGUGGGCGUGGGCGACACGGUGGCGUCGGUGUUCGGAAGCACGCUGGGCGAGAUCCGGUGGCCGGGCACCGACAAGACCGUGGAGGGCACGGCCACGUCGGUGUUGGCCCAGAUCGUCGGCGUGGCCGUGUUGCUGAUUAUCGACACGAGCGUGGACCUCGACGGCGCCUACUCGUGGAUCUUGGGCUCGGUGGCGCUGGUGGCCAUGCUGGAAGCGUACACGUCGCAGAUCGACAACCUGCUGCUGCCGCUCUACCUGCUCAUCCUGCUCAUGCUCUGACGCGGGAAACGCGGCGGCUGGGAACGAAAGACGCAGAAUUGGCAAGGCUGCAAUAUGUCGGACGUAUGGAAACCGCAGACGCCGUCGUGCCGACGAA